AUGGGAUCCCGUCGCAUGCUACAGAAGAUCACACUCGUCUUUGCUUUGCUUCUUCUGCUUGCCCUUCUCUCACAAGCUGAAUCAAUCGAGGCUCGAUCCACCAAGAAGGCCCUGACUACCAAGCACUCAUCGCAUAAGGCAAAGACCACCACAACCUUGUCCAUCAAGUCAGCCCACAAGAGCAAGACCACCCAGAGCAAAAAGAGCACGAAGAAGGCAAAGAAGACAUCUACCAAGGCCACUACGACCCACAAAGCCACUACGACUCGAAAGGCCACAUCGACUCACAAAGCCUCUUCAACUCCUAAGGCUACUUCGACGACGCAAGAGGCUACUUCCCCGCCCCCACUCCUCGAGGAUUUCUCAUCUACACCUGUCAAAGCUACAAAGGAUGAGUCUAAGAGCUCCGUCUUCUGCAAGUCUUUCGUGAAGCAGUGCUAUACAGAGGCGCUCAAAGGUCAGACUGGUAAUGUCGCCGUUGUGUACUCAUGCCAACGCAACGGCAAGAAGGACUCUACUUCUUAUACAUAUAGCUGCAAGCGGGGUAAGACCAACCUGGUCAGUAAGGUUCUGAAUGCUCUGGGCAAUCAGUACACGGUCCUCACUACAGUAGACAAGACGACGGUGACCACGGGCACAACGACUGCUGUGCAGACGGCUUACGCAGUCGAGAGCGUCACUGUUGCCACAGAGAUCAGCAAGACCAUCAUCACCAAGACCGAGACUGAUACCAGCCUCGUACCGACCGCAACGACUGUCUUGACCACCAAGAUCCCAUACACUGCUACUGGAACCACGACCUCUAUCGUCACGGAGACAAGCACCUCAACUGAGUAUGUUGUUGGAAGCACCACGACAUCGACUGCCGUCUUCCUCGGGACCGAUGGAGUUCCGGUCGAAGACGUCAAGAUUGGGGGCAAGUUGGAACGAAGGAGACGCGAUCUGGACAAGUUCUGCUCUGCAUUCCAGACUGCCUGCGCAACAGAGUGCAAAGAGAAUUCGUCCAAGGUCAAGACCACCGUGUGCAAGGCUAAAAAGGACCAAGAGUAUACAGUGGCUUGCGCGUGCAAGAAUGGCGAUCUCCUUACUCAGCAUGCCCUGGCUGCCGUUGUUGAGGAGCAGUACAUCUCCACUAUUGAGACGCUUCGACGAUCGACAGCAUGGCUCGCUACUACGAGGACGACGACAAUCUCCGGUGCUACUUCCAGCACACGCUUUGUCACCUUCACUACAACGCUACCAAGGACACAGACUUUCACAACGCUCGCGACAUCAACUAUAGCUAGUACAUUGACUAAGUAUACCGGGAUCAGCGCGGCCGUAGAGACAUCCCAUAUCACUAUGGCGACUACCACCACGACUACAAUCCCAACGCUUGCGCCAAUUGAAGCUACAGUGACCACACAAACUGUCUUGGCAUCGACGGGAUAUGCACGAGCGACCAUAAUUGCGGAUGGCAUGGUCGAUGGAUACUUGGCCGCAAAUCCAAGUGGUUGGGCCCAGCUGACUGGGACGUAUUCGGACCUUGUGCCUCAGGAUAUGAUGGCAAUUCGAGACGCCCGCACAGGAUCAUACCAGCUCGCAAUUCUCGGUGAGCCUGACACGGUCCUGAUCUCUGAAUCUGCCUAUGCAUCGUUCUCUGGCGAUGACAAUGCGGGUGCAUAUGGCUACAUGUACUUUGGCGACAAGUCUCUGUGCGGUACGGCUGGCUCGGAAGCUGGACCCAGUGCUGGCCAAGGGGCUUACGGCAGACCUUGCGAGACUUUCCUCUUCCACCCUAUUGUGGAUGACGACACCUCCUCUGACGGCUCAGCGCUCCUCCAAGGCUUCUGGGUCAACGAAGACUCGGGCAUGCAGCAGACUGAGUGGACCUACAUCGAUCAGGGAUCAGUCUCACCGAUCUAUCAGGUCCCUGAUUCCACUACCUUCGGAAAUAGAUAUGGGGUAUCAGAGAUGGCCUUCAACAUGACCUUCCCCGUCAACGCAGAUUUCUGCAGGCGUGAGGAGGGCAAUUUGGAGCGCAGGAUGGCCUGCGACACGAGGAUCCCCAAAGUCGAGGAAGCUCCUGAUGUCUUGCAUCUCACGUUCUGGACAGAAGGGGACAACGCCGUCUGCCUUCCAAUACCAUUCUUAGGCGCCGCUCCUUACCACUCUCCCCACACCUUCUCAAUACCCACCACUGUCCUUUCUCUUGCAAGCAUGGUUCGAAUCGCCUUCACAGCCCUCGCUCUAGCUCUCUUUGGCCUGGUCAAGGCUAGCUCGUCUCUGUCCCUAAGCGACUUACUGGACACUUCUGCCAUUGCCGCCUCUCCUUCCACACUCUACAACUGUGGUCUCUGCCAGGUCACUGCCGCUUCCAAGACCAAGAUCACCCUGACAGCGGCCACCCAGUGCUUCCAGAACGUCAGCUCUGCAGUCGUCACCCAGUAUGCCGGCAACUCAAAGACUGCCUACAAGCUCUCUACCACCAAGCCUCGACGAUUGCAGGCCCAAGAUGGUACUCCCUACUUUGUGAAGAGCGUGGGCUUCACCCGCCUUAACAUCGUUCCUGAUGAGGAGGACCGAGGCUUCAGCAAGCAGGGCUUUGCCUGUGGGGAUGGUAUCAUUGGUGGCGUCCAAUGCUUCGACUGCACGAAGGUCAAGGCUGCUUCGACCUAAGUACUAGGCUCCGAGCUCAGCGUGGAGGGGAGCACAACGUACCUCUUCGAAGGUAUCAACACGUCUGCCCCGCGUUCAAAUAUCUGUGUAUCAUCUCCCCCCAGUCUUCACAAUCGCUGUGCGAGACGUCCCCUAGUGUGCAUAUGUUUCUCUCCACUCCUCUCAACGAGCCAAGUCCUCG